UUACACUAUUCUGACCAUUUUUGCUCUCCAGCCCAUAAUUAGUUGAAACCUCACUUUCUCAUACUCAUUUAUUUUCCUUCUAUCAUUUCCCUAUCAAACUCAUUCAUUGCUCUGGCGUCAUGUGUCCAACACCAAUAAUUGUUUUUGCAUCACCAUGAGAAAAGUCUGCAUGCAACAACCAUGGACGAACUGCCAGGCUCGUUGGGCACCAGUGCCAGCUUGGCUCUGCGUUUCGGCCAGACCCUAUUCUCCACCGCUUCUCUUCUCUUUAUGUGUUUGGACGUCGAGUUCUACAGCUACACAGCUUUCUGCUAUUUGGUAACAGUAAUGGGUUUGGUAGUUCCAUGGGGCAUGACUUUAGUGAUAGUGGAUGCCUACUCUGUUUUUGUUAGAUGCUUACCUCGUCAACCAAGAAUAAUUAUAAUCCUCAUUGUAGGAGACUUGGCUUUAUCUUAUCUCUCACUAGCUGCAGCCUGCUCAACAGCUAGUACCACAAUGCUCCUACAUGAUGCUGGUCGAUCCUUAUGCCCAGCAAAACUAUGCACUAGAUAUCAGUUGUCUGCUGCAAUGGCUUUUCUUUCUUGGUUUCUCUCUAUGGGUUCUUGUCUAUUCAAUCUUUGGCUUCUUCCUUCUUUAUAAUGCUGGCUGUUGAGUCCUAUCCAGCAAAUGACUCUGCCAAAAGAUUUAAAAAAAAGUUCUAUCAUACACUGAAAUUUUGGAAAAUACAAAUGGAGUUCUGUUAGAAAAUGAAAGCAAUGUACAUUCUCAGGGUUUCUC